CCGUGUGGAACAAAUACAAACAAAAUAAAUAAUUGCUACGCUCACGCUCUUGACUUUGUGAAAUUACUAAGCAACUCGUAUGAUAGUUGUAUUUAAAACCAUUAUUAGCUCCUUGCAGUUAAAUAUUUCUCUAGUUUCAACAAAUGUUUUUUUAAAUUAUAAACUAUUAUUUCACGCCAAAAAUGACAUUGUAUGUGUAGUGAUUCAAACAAAGAUCGAUCUAUUACCAAACAUAAUUUAGUUUUCCCAUUGCCGAAAUACAUAGGUACCAUUCCUUAUACGUUUCAAGUAGAAUAUUUCAAGAGAUCGAAUCAAUAGAGAAAUAAAACAACAGUCUUAGUAAUUUAGAUUUUAAACUACGAAUUUCAACUAUAUUGCAUAAUGUACGAGACAUCCAAUAUGAAUAAAUCAGAACGAACUCAUCAAUUUAUUUUAAUGGACUUCGAGUUCACAACAAUUUACAGGACCAGUAUAGUAUUAAUAUCUGGCGCAAUUUCAAAUAGCUCGUAUCAUUUUAAGACUGUUAAAUUGGAGGGGAAACCUCUUUUAUUAUCAGUAAAUCAGAAUGUUAGACAACUGAAUAACCAAGAAAUAAGGAAAGCAAUUUCAGUGAUUAAUCUAUAUUUAAAACUAGAGUUACAGGUUGCAUUGUUGAAGCAAUUGCAUAACGGCCUAAGCACCAGUACAAACAAUUUAAACGCUGAAUUUAUUAGACGUUAUCUAGCAUAUAACAAUAAAAUAACGAUAAUCGUAUUAUGGAACGGUUCCACAGAUAUGGACAUUUUAAACAGAUUACAAAUUAAUAACUAUAAUCUACUAAAUAUGACAUGUUUUGACAUAUCAAAUAAUCAACAUUUUUACAUACAAUUAAUCACAAUGAGAAAUACGAAAGUCAUAUAUGAAUACAGUUUAGGACCGUAUAAUAAACAAGGACGGAUGUUAAGUCUAGUAGAAACACAUAAAAUUAUAUGUUCAAAACAACACAAAGGAAUGUACCCCCACGAUCCUUGCUACGACCUGGAAUUAACGAAAUGUAUUUUUAACAAAAUGGUUAAACAAUUUCAGUAUAAGAAUCUAGUGAAACAUUUUUAAAUAAAUAGUAUAAUUUUUAUU